CAAAUUUCCGUUUCCUUUUUCAUCAAAAAAAACUCAAGUUUUUGUUAAACUAUUUGGAUUAUUAGCUACACUUAUUAACUGCAUGAUUGAAAUUGUUAUACUAUUGAAUCAAAUAUGUUCAUAGUUCAUUAAAGAGGGAAAUUUAACACUUCCUAAAUAGAACUUAUAUUCAAUUAUCUUAUCAAAAAGUGGGUGUUGUUGACUCAUAAAGGUAUGAGAAUACAAACCGCCGAAUCUAAUUAGUUUGCUUUCUUGUUUGAUAAGAGUUAAAAACAUGAGAGCGUAUAGUUUUUUUGUUAUUUAUGCACUACUGUUUAGUGCAGAUAUUUGUUUAGGGGGUUCUAUUGUUGAUAAAGGAGAAACUGCAACUUUACUAUUACCUGAAACCGCUGGAUUAUUUGUUUCAUUGGCAGUUCUAGUAUUGAUUAUCACUGUAUUAAUUGGUUGCGCUGAAAUAUGCAAAAAGGGAAAUUCAGGCUUUCAAGAUUUACCCGACGAAACAAUUCCUCGUCCAGGCAAUGAUUUAGUAAUCUUUCCCCCUAUUGAAAGCACACCUGAUUCUCAAAUGACUGGGCCGCCAAUUAUUGAGCCUUUACCGGAUCUCGCAUCGAUUAAGAAACCAUCGAUUAGCAACAGUAUGUCGCUAAGACCUAAGAUUGCACUCUUAAAUGAACCCGACGCAAGACAAGAAAGGAAUUCUAUGCAAGAGAAGAUAAAAUUACAAAGUAUAAUAAGUCGGAAUCAAUUGCCGCGAGAAAAGUUAAAUUAUAUUAAAGAAAUUGGUAAUGGUUGGUUUGGUAACGUUUUACAAGGUGAUGGUAAAGAUUUACUACCUGGUUAUAGAAAAUCGAAAGUUGUCGUUCUUAAAUUGAACGAGGAGGCUGAUCCGCACGAUCAGUUGAAUUUUUUACUAGAAGCUUCAGCAUAUAGAGAGGUUCAACACGAAAAUGUUAUUAAAUUACACGGACAAUGUGUUGAGACAACUCCUUUUCUAUUAGUUUUGGAAUAUUGUACUUUUGGAGAUCUCAAGCAAUAUUUAGUCGGUCACAAAGUUGCAUUUGAAUCUAUUAGCGAAAAAGGUCUUUUAUUACGUUUUGCCUGUGAUAUUGCGGCUGGUUUGAAAGCGCUUCACGAAGCAAAAUUUAUACACAGAGAUAUUGCUAUUCGGAAUUGUCUAUUAUCAUCGGAUCUAACUUGCAAAGUUGGAGAUUAUUUUAUUAAUGAGAAUAUUUAUAAUGAUGAAUAUUAUACUGACUCGAAUGGUGAUAAUAUACCUAUAAGAUGGAUUGCUCCAGAAACAGUUAAAGUUGAAAAUAAAUUUAUAAAAUUGAAUAGUCCAACAGAGACGGCCAAUGUUUGGUCUUAUGGCAUUGUUUUAUGGGAGAUUAUGACAUUUGGUAGUCUUCCUUAUGCUGGAUUGGAAGAUGAUUUCCUUAUUAAGCAUGUACUUAAGGAUAAGGAACUUCUUCUUUCUAAACCCGAUCUGCCUAUUCGUUAUAUUGAUAAAAUGUUUGAAUUGGUGGGAUUAUGCUGUUCUAUCGACCCAAAUUCUAGACCAUCUUUAAGGGAAUUGCGAAUUAUGCUUCUACAAUUGUUAUCUUAUUACACUAAGGUUAAUGAUGUUAAUAAAGAUGCGUUUGAAGAAAAGUGGAAUAAAUUACUGCCGAAAAAACCAGCGCAAUCGGUCGACGUUAGAAAUAUGGACGAAAAUGGAGCUAUACCCAAUAAACCAAUUGAUUUGGAUUUGGCCGAUGUUCACCUGACUAAUAAGUAUCCUACAUCAGCAAAACCUCUCGAAGCCAGCCCAAUAAAUGAAUUAUGUCUUCAAGAUGAGUUUUCCUCUUUACAACAUCGCAAGCGUCACUCCACUUCCUCAUCAGAUUCUGAUGUUAUAGUUUUGGAUGAAAGAAAUAGCAUUGUUCCAAAUUCAACUAGUACUCCUGCCCCAAAGGAAUUUAAAGAUCAGAGGAGUAUUAUUAAGAACGAUUCAGCUUCUGAUACUUUUCAUACUGCACUAACAAGUCAGACAAGUCAAUCAUCUGAAUUGGAAAGUUUCUCUUCGAAAUUAGAUAGCAGCAAAUUUGCUGCAAUGCUAGAUACAGUUGGUCCUCUGAGUCUUGAUGUUAGUAGUGAAACUGUUAGCGAAGAAGAUGAUGAUGAAGAGUUCUCCGUUGAGGCAAGUGUCGAAACAAUUAAGAACGAUGGAUUUGAGGCACUUGCGGAGAAAAGAGUUGAACAACCUGCAAAUAAAGCCAUUGAUGAAUCAGACAAAUCAAAAAUAGAGGAAGAGAAGAAGGAAGUAAAAACGGAGAGUAAAAACACUGAUGUGGAAAAAGCUACAGGUGAAGAAAAGAAACAAGAAAAUAAUAAAGAGAAAGACGCCGGUAACGCUAUUGCCACUGGUGACGACAAACAUAAGGAUUCAUCGGCAAUUGUUACCGACAAUUAUGAUAAUAAAAAAACUGAUGAAAAGCCCAUUGAAAAUAACGAUAAAGAAACCUCUAAAGUAAUCGAAGCCGUUGCCGAACACCUAACAAGUAACGAUACUGAAAAUAAUACAUCAACCGAUAAGAAGGCCGAAGAGGAAAAUAAAAGCGAUAACAACAUAAUUGACCUCGAUCAGGAAAGUGAGAAUGAGGAGAACAAAAAUACGGUAAAAAAUGAGAUUAAGAAGUAG